CGGCGCAGAGCUACGGGUGCCUGGUGGAGCGAGGGGCUGGGAUGUGUCUCCUCCUGGGAGCUACCGGCGUCGGGAAGACGCUGCUGGUGAAACGACUGCAGAAGCUGAGCUCUCCGGAUGGGGCGGGCGACCUGGGGGAGCCACCCCCGACGCGGCCCACGGUGGGCACCAAUCUUACUGACAUCAUGGCUCAGAGAAAAAUCACCAUCCGGGAGCUGGGGGGCUGCAUGGGCCCCAUCUGGUCCAGUUAUUAUGGAAAUUGCCGUUCUCUCCUGUUCAUGAUGGAUGCCUCUAACCCCACCCAGCUUUCUGUGUCCUGUGUGCAGCUCUUGGGUCUCCUUUCUGCAGAACAACUUGCAGAAGCAUCGGUCUUGAUACUCUUCAAUAAAAUUGACCUACCUUGCUACAUGACCAUGGAAGAGAUUAAGUCAUUAAUCCGGCUCCCAGACAUCAUUGCCUGUGCCAAGCAGAACAUCACCAUGGCAGAAAUCAGCGCCUGGAAAGGCACUGGCUUGGCAGGGGUGCUACGCUGGCUUCAGGACACCCAUAGAACCAACAGUUGACUACAAGGCAGAGAAAUGUGGCUGUCCCGCACUGUGGAGAAAAGAGGCACAGGGUGGCAUCGCUUGGCCUCCAAUGGUUUGUCCUUAAAGGGGGCAGAAUGACCCUAGAUGAUAGGGCUUUGUGCUGAGUCGUAGUGAUGGGUAAAUUGAGGCAUCCAGAAUAUGAAGUUCCUGACAUCUGGCCUCCGAAAAGACUGUCAGGCUGGGAGAAGAGGAUGGGCCUGCAGGUGGCUGAGUGUCCUGCCAUCCCGGGAGUGGUGCUCCUGGGGUUUGCUCCCUUCCUGCCAGGAGACUCACAAGACUUUGCCCAAGGUGUUGGGACUGCAUGGCACCACCAGUGCCUGGUCUCUGGCCUGUAGCACAUGCUCCAACAUGUUUGAGUUCCCAUUACCCUGGCCAUGUGUCCCCCCCCACCACAGGUGUGAGGUGGAUGAGGUGAAUGUGAUAGUAAGAAACAAGCCUUGAGUUAGAAACGAGACCCACCAAUUUCACCAGUUCACAUGUUUAGUAAAUAUGUGUUGCGCUGAGGCGCCCACAGGGUGCAUAGACUGCCAUGGGUAUGGGAAGAGAGGCUCAGGAGCAGCACAGGAGGUGGUGGCUGCCGUUCCCGUGUCUGGCCUGAGCUUCCCCUCUCAGCCGUGGCUGCUUGCAAGAGAGCACUCACUGUGUUGGCUGAUGCGCUGGUGUCCUGUGGCUGCAAGAACUGAUGACCACAAACUGGACGCUUAAAACAGGCUCCUCUCACAGUUCUAGAGGCCAGAAGUCCAAAGUUAAGGUGUCAAAAAGAUGACUUCCUUCAGAGGCUCUGAGAGAGAGUCCAUUCCUUGGCUGUCCCUAGUGGCUUAGUGGCCUCUGGUGGCUGUGACAAUUCUUAGCAUUCCUGGGCUGUGCCUUGGAGAGCUUUAGUCCCCACCUGCACCUUCACAUGAUCUGUGUCCCCUCUCCUUACAAGGACACCUGUCAUUGGAAAUCUAGGAUGAUUUGUAAUUACAUCUGCAAAUACCGUUUUUCCCAAACACGGUCACCGUUGCUCAUUCUAGGGGUUAUGACUUGGACAUACCUUUUCGGGACCACUGUUUGACUUAUAGCAAUUAAGUAAGAAACUGUAGUCCUGAGAGUGGUUGUGAAUUUUCUAUAAACGGUUCUCUGUCUCA